AUGGACCAGCCAGGCAAUGAGGAACCCAAAUGGUUCCGUGGUGUUUACCUCUGCGCCAAAGCCUCUACUGUGAUCUUUUUACUUAACACAACCCUCAUCGCUGUUGCUGCCGGUCUUGCUCGGAGAUACCCGUCGGAAGGCGACUUUGCCAGUUCCUUGGUCUUCUAUGAGGGUAGCUGUGAGGUCUCAAAGCGAUGGGAUGUGAUACUACACUGGGCGAUUAAUUUUCUAAGUACCGUGAUUCUAGCAGCAAGUAAUUAUUGCAUGCAGACUCUUGUCGCGCCAACAAGAGAGGAAGUUGAUGCUCAGCAUGUCAAGUAUCAAUGGCUUGAUAUUGGAUCUGCAAGCAUUAGGAACUUAUUCAUUGUCGGACGAUAUCAAUUCACUCUCUGGCUGGUAUUAUUGAUGACAACAACCCCGUUCCAUCUAUUCCUGACGACGACCGGGCUGGAAAAAUGCUUUCACUCGCCUAUCCUUUCUGACUAUGAAAGAAUUGAGUCUGAUUCAUAUCCAAGCUGGCAUGAAAUGGCUUCUCUCAUUGCGGAAAAAGACCACGAGCGAAUUACCUACUCGCAAUGUCUUCAAUUUUCAAGUUAUCCAGUGACAGGAGUCCAGUCUAUUAUCCUUCUUGGGGAUGAACUAACAAACAGUCCACCUACAGUGCAAGCCAUACCAUUCUUGAGUCAUAUUUUGACUGCUGAAAGCGACUCUCUCAUAUGCAAUAAUCUGACCCAAUGGUAUCAAGAUGAUCUCUCAAACUCUCAAGAAUACACUGUCUCUGAAUGCUUGCUGUUGAAAACUGAUGAGCAUUGCCAACUCCGCUAUAGUCCACUAAUCUGCAUUGUGAUCACUUUUGCGACAUCGACAAAGGUGAUAGCCAUGUUUCUUGCUGCCCGAAUCAGCUCAUCUCGAUCACGACCUCUUUUUACCAUUGGUGACGCAGUGGCGUCUUUUCUGGAAAGACCAGAUCGAAUGACAGAAGGACUGUGUUGGGCAUCAAAAACAGAGAUUUGUGGUGGAUGGAAGAUUGCUUUAGAAGCCCCUUCCACCUAUACACAGCUAUCACAACCUAAAAGGUGGAUGCGAGGAGCUAGUAUAUGGCGGUGGUUAACAACCCUUACCCUAGGCCUCAAGCCCAUGGCUAACAAAGUUCAAGUUGUUCUACCUGCUUUGCGCUGGCGUUAUAUUGGGUAUGAUUAUUUCGAUGGCAUCCAUUCAACAGCCGCUAUGGUCAUAGCAAAUCUUCCACAGCUACUGAUCACUAUCACCUAUUUUGCCUAUAAUAAUGUCCUCACCUCUAUGCUCGUGGCAGUCGAGUAUAGUUCUUAUGGGAAUACUCGCAAACCAUUGCGAGUUACAUGGCCUGUUGAAAACAGCCAGCAGCAGUCAACCUAUUGGCUAACUAUUCCGUAUCGAUAUGGGCUCCUCUUCCUGAUUAUUCAAAUGAUUAUCCAUUGGCUAGUUUCGCAAGGCUGUUACUAUCUUUUCCUCACCCCUUAUACCAUUAUUGAUGAACCUGAUCCAAAUAAUAUAUAUAGCGGAAUUUUUCUUUCCCCGCUUCCAAUUAUUUUAGCUGCCAUUAUUAUGGGGUUCAUGUUAUUUAUUUUGAUUAUGUUAUCAUUCAGACAGCUCAAGUCAGAGAUCCCACUGGCAGGAUCUUGUAGCGCUGCUAUCAGUGCUGCUUGUCACCCCCCCAAAAGCGAGAAUCUAGAGACCGUCGCUUUGGGCUUGGUGACCUGGGGAGAGACAACUGAACGCCCACAUUGGGCGUCUGAUUUGAAUUCAUCUGGCAGGAAAGCACAGUGGAAGGGACAUUGCAGUUUUACUUCGUUGGAGACAAGACGGCCUUGGUUGACCAGAUCAUAUGCUUGA